AUGUUGAAGUACGACAGCUGCUACCACUUGGGUCGUGUUGGUACACCUUCUGUAUCUUUCAACCGCUUCAAAGCAAUGUCAGAUGCCUUGAAAGCGACGGGACGAAACAUUCUGCUCAAUCUGUGUAAUUGGGGAGAGGAUCUAGUCCACACAUGGGGAAUGUCAAUUUCCAACUCCUGGCGUAUCACAGGAGACAUCUACGAUUCAUUCACACGCCCAGAUGAUCUCUGCGGCUGCAACAGCGUUUCGCCAGGCGACGUCAACUGCAUCGCACCCGGCACACACUGCUCCGUCCUCUUCAUCCUGAACAAAGUUGCCCCCUUUGCCGACCGCAGCAUCCCCGGUGGAUGGAGCGAUCUCGAUAUGCUCGAGGUAGGACAAGGCGGCAUGACAGACGAAGAAUACAAAGCGCAUUUCGCCCUCUGGGCCGCCCUCAAAUCGCCCUUGUUCCUCGGAAACGAUCUACGCGCCAUGCCCGCCUCCGCACUAACCAUCAUCAACAACCCCGCCAUCAUUGCACUCAGCCAAGACCCCCACGGACGCAGCGUAACCCGCGUACGACGCGAUACAGCGGGCGUAGCAAAAGAUAAAUGGGGCGUUGGCGAAACGCACGUCUGGGCCGGCCACCUCCACAACGGCGACGAAGCCGUCAUCCUGCUCAACGCCGGUGGCGAAGACACGCAAAUGAACGUCUCCCUCGCUGAAAUCUUCAUCCCAUAUGGAUCCGGGGGAUCCGCUCCACACGUCAAGUACGACUGGGCCAUCCAUGAUCUCUGGGCCCAUCGCAUGUUCGACGCCACCGCAGAAGCACUGCUCGCCGCGGCAGACGACGACAGUCAAAGAGCGUCCAUCUUGGCGAAAGCUAAUUGGUAUAAUGCGACGGAGGUGCCGUAUGCGAAAGGUCUGGCGCAAGGGGAUGGGCGAUUGUUUGGCGAAAAGAUUGGUGUGGUUGGUGCGGGGGGUGUUCUUAAAGCGGACGUGAAGAGUCAUGCUGCGAGGGUGUUCCGUUUGAGGAGGAUUGCGGAAGAGGGGGAUGCGUUUGAGGCGAAGAGCAUUUCGAGAGAGGAUGGUGUUGACGAGAAGGAUGAGUUGUAG